AUGAAGCAGCUGGGCGAAUGUCGGUUUUUCAGCUAUAUAGGUGAGUUUCCUUGAGAAUAUAAGCUUUACUUAAAAGUUGAAAAUUUUCCAGCUGCUGCUUAUUUUCUAUUUAUGUGUUCUUGGGUCUUACCGAUCAACAUUAUCACUUUCUAUGCAAUCUUAGCUCCAUUUUCUCUUAUAAGGUUUGCUUAGAAUCAUUUUAAAAAUACUUUCUGGGUCGUUGAAAAGAACAUUGAUAUAAACUGAAAAUGUUGGUUAAGUGCUCUUUUUGCAAUGAAUUUCCAGGCCUAAUGCAAUAUAUAGCGCUUAAAAAUGUUCCAACAAGUUUAAAGAUCGAAAAACAACAAAUAAAAUAAAGAGAAGAUGAAAAAUUAAAAAAGGAUCGUCACUAAGAAGAACUGCCGAGAUAAACGCGAGACACUGGCGGUACAUUGACGAGCUCGCAAACAUCUCGCUUUUUUCUCGCGCCGGUCUCGCAUUUGUCUGGGCGCGAGCUCGCAUAUUUCUAGGCGCGAGCUCGCAUUUCUCUCGCAAUUUGAAAAUUUCCGAAAUGCAAGAUAAAUGCGAGAUGGCGCCGAGAAAAAUGCGACAUUUUUGCGAGUUCGUCAAUGUACCGCCACCGAGCUCGCGUUUAUCUCGUCCGUUAUUCUUAGUGGUCACUUUUGAAAUUCUUAUGGCCACGGUAGUUUGGAGAGUAUGCAUACACACUUUGUGUACUUUCACGAAUACAGUAGCCUUUUUGCCGAAAUUUUAAUUUUUUAUUUUCUAGUGAAGUUUUAUAUGAUUUUAUCGCUAAUGGUGUCUAUUUUUUCAGCAAAAACAUUCAACAUUUUGGAAAACGACUUGUGGCGCGAUGGGGCAACGCGCACUUUGUUACGUGCGCCAGAUAUUUCUCCGCGGAAGGUACAGCCGUUUUUUUAUGGCUGAUAAGAAAGUGGAGAUUGUUGAUAAGAUCGCGAGGGGUGGUUCUUAAAGUGCGAUCAAUAGAAUUAUGUACUUUUUGAAAGUGAAAAUACUGGAAAGUGCGAAAUUUCGUUGUUUUUCUUCAACUUUUUCUAAAAAUUCUUGGUGAAACAAAGAAAUAUGCUAUAUUCAGCUACAAUGUAUGGCGCUCGAUUGGAAGAUUAUGCCAGAAAACGUUGCCUCGGAUUAAUUAAUCACCUGGGUCUUGUGGACCAUUUCCUCGUCAUGACCGCCUUGCACAACCUCGAGCAAGUUCCUGACCGGGUACUGUAUCGUUUUGUGAAUGGAUUACUGUAGUCUGAUCAUUUUAGACAACUUCUUACUUAAAAAAGUAACGAUCUUCAAAAAAGGCUCUUUUCUUAGGUCUAGGCUUAUGACUGAACAGGAAUAUUCGAACCAAAAUAAUUGAAAAAUACUAUUUUUUGGGUUUGAACUUCAAAAUCAUCAAAAAUACGUUUAUUCAGGCUAAAUUCAGGGGUUUAAACCUUAAAAAUCGGAAAAAAAAAGGGUGAGAAAGUUUGAAGCUGCUCAAUUUUCAGCAAAAACAGAUAUAUUCUUGAGUUUCGUAUCCAAAAUUUGUAGUUUGGUCUUCGAUUUUGUAGUUUUAUGACUCAUUCUCUCUAUUUCUAGUCGGAAAUUUCAGUCAUCAAGUGAUUUUUUCAUGACUCAAUGUGAAAAUGAAAGCUUUUUCUAUGAAUUUAGCUUGAUUAUUUCUCAAAAUCAUAAAAACGUCAGAGUGGUUUCUAUAGGGGUUAGGGGGACAAUAAAGAGAUCCCUAUAGAGGGAGGUAAAGUGGUCCUUAGAGGGGAUCUUCAAAGCUUGCUUUAAGAACCACUUUUGCGUUCCCAAGGUGGUACAAUAACGGUAAGAGUUUUCUUCUGAGGGAUAACUUAAGAGGCAUCAAAAGCACUUGAGGGACUACUUGAAGCCUCUACAGAAAUCUUUUGGAACAAACUACCUCUAUAUGGGGACGAUAAAGAGAUCCCUAUAGGGAUAGAUAAAGUGGUCCUUAGAGGGGAUCUUCAAAGCUUGCUUUAAGAACAACUUUUGCGUUCCUGAGAUGGUACUCUAGCAGUAGGACGUUAACCGAAAGUUAAGGGACCCCUAAAAAGGCAUCGAAAGCACUUGAGGGACUACUUGAAGCCUUUACAGAAAUCUUUCGGAACUAACGAUCUCUAUAGGGGAUGAUAAAGAGCUCCCUAUAGGGGGAGGCAAAUUAUGUCAAGUGGUCCCUAGAGGGGAACGUUCAAGGGUCCUAUAAAGGCCACUCUUGCGUUUUUUUUUUAACAGUGGGAGGUUAAUCGGAUUUUCUCCCUAAAGGAUAACUUAAGAGGCAUCAAAAGCACUUGAGGGACUACUUGAGGCCUCUAGAGAAAUGAUUUGGAAUAAACGAUCUCUAUAGGGGGACGAUAAAGAGCUCCCUAUAGGGGGAGGCAAAUUAUGUCAAGUGGUCCCUAGAGGGGAACGUUCAAGGGUCCUAUAAAGGCCACUCUUGCGUUUUUUUUUAACAGUGGGAGGUUAAUCGGAUUUUCUCUCUAAAGGAUAACUGAAGAGGCAUCUAAAGCACUUGAGGGACUACUUGAAGCCUCUAGAGAAAUAAUUUGGAAUAAACGAUCUCUAUAGGGGGACGAUAAAGAGCUCCCUAUAGGGGGAGGUGAAUUUACUCAAGUGGUCCCUAGAGGGGAACGUUCAAGGGUCCUAUAAAGGCCACUCUUGCGUUUUUUUUAACAGUGGGAGGUUAAUCGGAUUUUCUCCCUAAAGGAUAACUUAAGAGGCAUCAAAAGCACUUGAGGGACUACUUUUGGAACAAACGAUCUCGAUAGGGACGAUAAAGAGCUCGCUUUAGGGGGAGGUCAAGCGCUCCCUAGAGGGGAACCUUCUAGGGCCCAUUUAAAGACCCCUUGAGUUUUCCUAAAAUGGUUAUUUGACAGUAGGAUGUUAACAAGAAGUUCUUUCUCUCGGAUCACUUAAGAGGCAUCAAAAGCACUUGAGGGACUACUUAACGACUCUAGAGUUUUUUUUAAAGUUAUUUUCUCUCACAAGAGAUGCUUCACUGGCUCAUUAGCUUAGUCAUCAUUUUUUUUUUUCUAAAUCAUCAUUUUUCUUUCAUAAUUAGUUUAGUCAUCCAUAUCUGAAAAAAUGGAAGAAAAACCUUGAGAAAUGCCAAAUUUUAGUGGCUAUUUAUCAUCUACAAUGUCUGGCUGUGUACUCCGAUGGGUUUGGCGUGGUAUUUGCACGGGAAUUUCUUCGUCAACGUCGUCAAACCGGACCAAAGAGAGGCCUUCCUCAAGAAGAUGACGUCGGUUUUUCGAUAUGAGAAAAAAAGUUAUAAUCGAUCCAAAAAUCAAUUCGAACUAUAGGCGAUUUAUGACGAAGGGGCGUGGCCUGUCUGCACUCUCCCCAAACUCGGCACUAUCUCAUUUUUUUUUUAAAUCGUGUCAGGACCUUUUUUUCGAUGACUCGAGAUAGCCGUGAAUCAGCUUAUUUUUCCUCAAAAUUUUAUGAUUUUUUAGGCUUUAGGCUCUUUUUUUUAAGGAUUACUUUUUACGAAAAAUUAUAACAUUAUGUUCGUUUUAGCUGCUUUUAAAGGUGGGAAAAGCUUCAUGAAAUUUGAAAAAAGGGGAAAAUCUACAAAAAUAUUUUUAAAAGUUUUCAUGAACCUGCCUUUUUCAUUUCCCUGUAGAGUCGUUCUCACUGUGAAGCUUAAGAAAAAAAUUGAACUUCUUUAAAAAAUAAAAGAAUGAUUCAAAUUUCAUAUUUUUUUGCUCCAAAUAUUUUAAUAAUCCAAAUCGUAGAAUCACGUAAAUUUUUUUCUUGAUGGAACUUGGUCUUCUCAAAUUUUGACUGCAAUGAAAACCUUUCUGAUCGAAAAAUCACACUUUUUUUGUAGGAAAUACAUGGACCGGCACUAUCAUGAAGGCGAAUUUGAAUGGGUCAUGUUGUAUCCUGAAGGUUCGUUUAAGUUUUUGGCCCGGAAAAAAGUUGAACUUUGUGAAAAAAAUGGGAAGGUUUUGAAUCAGUUUCAAGAAAAAAAGUUGCAGGAAAAAUUGUAAAUUUCAAAACUUUAUCGAAAUUUUAUAGUUCAUUUGAACUGUAGUUUGUGUAGGAAGGUAAAAAAAUUGAAACUCCAAAAAAACAUAUGGGAACGUUUUUUUGGUAAGGGUUUUAGGAACAAAAUUGCGAAAAACUUAGGAAUUUUGAACUUUUUUAAACUUCAUAAAAAAUUUAGUAUGUUGAAGAAAGUUAAAAAAAAAUCUGAAAAAACCCUUUUCGGGAAUUUUAGAAGAUUGAAAGUCUAUUUUCACGUAGAAACUGGAGGGAAUUGAAAAAAAUUGGUUGGUUUCUUUAAUUUUUCCGUUUUUCCAAAGUCCUAUUUCAAGUUUCAUCGUAAAAUAGUGACCAUUUAGAAAUGAUACUGGGAAAGUUUUAAGUGGCCACUCUAGGGUUUUGACCUUUUGAUGGCCACUAUAGUAGUCAAAUUAGAGGCCACUUAAGGGGUUGAAAAUUAGUAGCCACUUUAGGGGCCAAUGGAUCAACAAAACUGGUCUAAUCUGUUUGUUUUAAAGUUAUCAGAGUUGCUGGAAGAAAUACUGGAUGAAAAACUACUGAAGUGGCCACUAAAACGGAAAAUAGUGGCCUCUUUAGUGUCCUUUUCAAGUAGUCCUUGGCGUUUAUAGUGGCCACUAAAAAUUUUCCCAGAAUCAUAAUUUUUGUGGUCGAAAAAUUAUUUUUAAAGGAAAACUAACCAUUUUUAUUUCCAGGCUCUCGACUUUUCCUGAUCAAAGAUUCGAAUGCCCGAUUUUCGGCGAAAAAUAAUCUACCAGAGCUGAAAAAUUGUGCCUAUCCGAAAUUGGGAGCCGCAUUAGCUAUUUUAAAAGCCAUCGGGCCGGAUUCAAGUAACUUUUAAUAGACUUGAAAUAUUAUUUUUCCUGAUUUUAGACGACCCAAAAAAGUCGAUUUGCCAAAAGGGUCCCCCCUUGGAAUACGUCGUCGACAUCACAUUGGGCUAUCAAAAAGGCGUUGUUCCAACUAUGGGUUCAUUUUCUGAAGACCUUCUUUUUUUAUCCUAAGAAAUCCCCAGGCCAAGCAAUGAUGGGCGAUUGGCCGUUGGAGAACUCGAAAAAGUUCGCCGUUCAUCUCGAAGUUUUACCGAUUACCCCGGAAAUGACAACCGAGGAAGGCCUCAAGGAGUUCCUUUUUGCCCAAUAUUCCAAAAAGGUGAUUUUUUUCAUGGUUCUGAUUGGUUAUUUCAAAAAGAUCAAACACAGUACUGGGAAAACUUUUAGUGGCCCCUAUAGAGGCUCACCAAGGACACUAAAGUGGCCACUAAACUCUCCACUAUAGUGGCGACUAUUUUCCGUUUUAGUGGCCACUAUUGAGGUUCUCUAUUUAUUGGCCACUUUAGUAGUUUUUCAUUCAGUAUUCCUUCCAGUAACUCUGAUAAUUUUAAAACAAACAAAUUGGUCCAGCUAUUUUGAUCCAUUGAUCCCUAAAGUGGCCACUAAAAAUUUUUUCUGGUCUAUUAGUAGCACUUAGACCUCUAUAGUGGCCACUAAUUUUUAACCCCUUAAGUGGCCUCUAAUUUGACUACUAUAGGGGCCACUAAAACGUCAAAACCCUAUAGUGGCCCCUAAAAAAAUUUUUCCCAGUACUGACAAAAAAAUAAUUUAUUUUUUUCAUCACAAAUUUCUUGUAUGAGGUUUAAUUUUCCUGAAACUUUCUGAGCUGCUCUUUUUUCUGCGAACCUGACAGCCAGCAAAACUACAGAAGAUUCCAGAAAGAUCAAACUACAUACAAAAAAAUAGAAAUAAAAAAAGCAUUUUUUCGUAAUUUUUUUCUCACGGAACUGUAACUUAGUGUUACAAAAAAACAUUUUAUUGUAUUCUGAGAAUAUUGAAUAGUCAUUUUAUUCAUGGAAAAGUCACAGAAAGCUUGAAUUCAAUAUUCGACCGGAUGUUCAAAAUUUGAAUUCGCGCGCUUUUUUCCCGUGCCGUGAAAAACAGAAUGCUGAAAAAAAAUUCUUAGCCCAUAAAUUUAUUUAAAACUCCUUUGGCCACCAUUCGAGCGAAACUUUUUGUCAAAUUUGGUCUCGGAUUUUUUUUUCCUUCAAUGGAAUUUUUCUAUGGCUCUUGUAGUUUUCAAAGCUUCCAAAAUUUCUUCCCUAACCUGUAUAUUUCUCAGGACAAACUUCUGGCCGAGUUUUAUGAAACUGGCGUAUUUCCCGGCGAGUCGCGCCGUGCGGAAAUUCCCAGCGACUUUUGGCUGGUAUUUAUGCAGGUAUGAUUUUUAUAUGAAAGUUUAAAGGCGCCUAGGAAUAUUUAGUAGACACACAUGCUCCUUUAAACUAUCCAACUAUAAUGUGAAUGAACUAUUGGCCGAAUUCCUCAAAAUUUUAAAGGCACAUAGGAAUAUUUGAUAGACCCCUAUGCUCCUUUAACAUCUCCGACAAUCUUUGAAUGAAUCUCCUAUAGCGAAAUUUUGCGAAACUUUGAAGGCGCAUUGGACUUUCGAUAUACCCCAUGCUCCUUUACACUAUUUAAUAAGCUUAUAAUGGACUGUUAGCGAAAGUUUAAAGGCGCAUAGAAAUAUGUAAUAGACCCUCAUACUCCUUUAAAAUUUUGAGCUAGUUGUGAAUGAACCAUUAGCGAAACUUCUCGAAAGUUUAAAGGCGCAUAGAAGUAUAUAAUAGACCCCUAUGCUCCUUUAAACUUUUCAAUGAGCGUUCAGUGAACAAUUAGUUGAAUUUAUCGGAAGUUUAAAGGCGCAUAGAAGUAUAUAAUAGACCCCUAUGCUCCUUUAAACUCUUGAAAAAUCGUUUAAUGAACUGUGAUCGAAUUUUCCCAAAAGUUUAAAGGCGCAUAGGAAUGUUUAAGAGACCCCCAUGCUCCUUUAACAUCUCCAACAAGUUUUCAAUGAACAAUUAAUUGAAUUUAUAGGAAGUUUAAAGGCGCAUAGGGAUAUUUAAUAGACCCCCAACCUCCUUUAAAGUUCUAUUCUAGUUGUGAAUGAACUAUUAUCGAAGUUUAUCGCAAAUUUAAAGGCGCACUUGAAUAUUUAUUAAACCUCCAUGCUCCUUUAAACUAUUCAAUAAGCGUAUAAUGGAUUGUUCGCGAAAAGUUAAAAGCGCAUAGGAAUAUUCAAUACACCCUCAUGCUCCUUUAACUUCCCCAACAAGUUUUCAAUGAACAAUCAGCCAAAUUCCCUUAAAAUUUUAAAGGCGCAUAGGAGUAAUUAAUAGAACCCUAUGCUACUUUAAACUCUUCAAUAGGCGUUCAAUGAAAAAUUAGUUGAAUUUAUCGGAAGUUCAAAGGCGCAUAGGAAUAUUCAAUAUACACCCAUGCUCCUUUAAACUCUCAAGCUAGUUGUGAAUGAAAUAUCACCCGAAUUUCUCAACUUUUCUCAGAUUUCCUGGAUCGCCGUCUAUAUGCUCAAUCACUACGUGUGGAUCGCCCCGACAAGCCGGUUUAUAUUUUCUGGUCUCUCAAAAUUGCUCAAAAUGUUCUGA